AGGCGGUGAAAAGGUAUAAAACCUUUGGCGAGACAGUGCAGCUCUGCCAGUCAUUCUCAAUCCGCUCUCGGAAAGUGAUCCUCAGUCGUGUGUAAGCAGUGCUCAUUGGAAAAUGUCGAAAAAUCUGCGUCUCAUCCUCAUUCAGCACCGCACCGCCGGUGAUGUGAAGGAGGACAACGUGCAAUAUGUCCUGGGCAAGAUCCGCGCCGCCGUGGCGGACGAGAAGCGCACGUCCGUGCCGAUCCUCGUCGUGCUGCCCGAGCUCUUCAACUCGCCCUACGGCCCGUCCUUCUUCGACAAGUACGCCGAGGCCAUUCCCGAGGGCUACACCAGCAAGGCGCUGUCAGCCGUGGCCAAGGAGCUGGGCAUCUUCAUCAUCGGCGGAUCCUAUCCGGAGCGCGAUGCACAGAACCCCAAGACGCUAUACAACACGUGCACCGUGUGGAAUCCCAAGGGCGAAAUGAUCGGGAAGCACAGGAAGGUGCACCUGUACGACAUUGAGGUGCCCGGAAAGGUGACGUUCAAGGAGUCCAGCGCCAUGACGCCCGGCAAGAACUUCACCAUCGUUGAGAUUGGCCCGGCCAAAAUCGGAAUCGGCAUUUGCUUCGACAUUGAGUUCGACGAGUUCGCGCGUGUGUACAGGAACGAGGGCUGCAACUUCCUCGUCUACCCGGCCGCCUUCCCCAUCUACACCGGCGAGCUGCACUGGGAGCUGUACCAGCGGGCGCGCGCCGCCGACACGCAGAGCUACGUGACGAUGGUGUCCGCGUCGCGUGACUACACGAACCCCUUCGUCAACUGGGGCUACACCAUGCUGGUGGACCCGUGGGCGCGCGUGGUGAAGAAGGCCGGCGAGGAGGAGGAGAUCAUCAAGGCGGAUCUCGACUUCUCCAUCGCGGAUUCGGCUCGUGAGCAGCUGCCGUGCUUCAGGAAGCGCAGGACUGACAUGUACGAAGUGGUGGCCAAAGUGCCGCUCAAAUAAGUCUGCAGGAGUGUCGAGAUUCGGCCCAGGCACUAUUUGAUGUACACGCGAUACGUUUUCUCCAUCAGAGCGUCCACGAAGUUGUCAAUUGGAUGGAUAAUCACUGUAAAAUAGGCGGCAAAUGAAUAAAUUGAGAGAUCUUUAAA